GCGGGUGGUGGCGAUCAGAGCCGCGUUAGAGAGUGGACAGAGGGAAAUACACGUUAUAAUUCAAAAUCUAUUUCCCCUUUGAAUCGGAGACAAUGAGCCCGUCCCAGAUUCGACCUGUCGCUCUUUAAACCGCUGUUAAAAACAACUAGAACGCGCCUGAAAGCUCCAAACACGCGCACCUCCACUCCCGCCGUGCAGCCCAGCCCUGAAACCCGGGGGAAGCUCACCUCCUCGACCUGGAUUAUGCGCAUGCUUCGCCUAUGAUGGAGCGGGCCAUGGAGCAGCUCAACGUACAGCUGAAUCGCCUGACACGCUCCCUGCGCCGGGCGAGGACCGUGGAGCUCCCGGAGGACAAUGAGACGGCCGUGUACACUCUUAUGCCGAUGGUUAUGGCUGACCAGCACCGGUCAGUGUCGGAGCUGUUGGUCAACUCCAAGUUUGAUGUGAACUAUGCUUUCGGACGCGUCAAAAGAAGUCUGCUGCACAUCGCUGCCAACUGUGGGUCGGUGGAGUGCCUCGUCCUCCUGUUGAAAAGAGGAGCAAACCCAAACUACCAGGACAUCUCUGGCUGCACCCCUCUGCACCUUGCGGCCAGGAAUGGGCAGAAGAAGUGCAUGGGCAAACUGCUGGAAUACAGCGCAGACGUGAACAUCUGCAACAACGAGGGGCUCACUGCUAUUCACUGGUUGGCGGUGAACGGGCGCACGGAGCUCCUCCAUGACCUCGUGCAGCAUGUUUCUAAUGUGGACGUGGAGGAUGCCAUGGGGCAGACGGCUCUGCACGUGGCCUGCCAGAAUGGCCACAAAACGACGGUGCUGUGUCUUCUGGACAGUGGAGCAGACAUCAAUCGCCCAAAUGUCUCUGGAGCCACACCCCUUUACUUCGCCUGCAGUCAUGGCCAAAGGGACACAGCUCAGAUUCUUCUCUCUCGCGGUGCUAAAUAUCUCGCUGAUAAGAACGGAGUCACGCCCCUGGAUCUCUGUGUUCAGGGUGGAUACGGCGAGACGUGUGAGAUCCUGAUCCAGCAUCACAGCCGCUUGUUCCUGACGCUCGUUCAGAUGACACAAAAUGACGAUAUCAAAGAAAACAUGCUACGGCAGGUCCUGGAGCACCUGUCCCAGCAGAGCGACUCUCACUAUCAGAGGAUCCUCAUCAGUUUAGCUGAAGUGGCCACCACCAACGGACACAAACUGCUCAGUUUGUCCAGCAGCUACGAGGCUCAGAUGAAGAGUUUGCUCAGAAUUGUUCGUAUUUUCUGUCAUGUAUUUCGCCUCGGACCCUCAUCUCCGAACAACGGCAAUGACAUGGGCUACAACGGCAACAAGACGCCGAGGAGUCAGGUCUUUAAGAUGCGAGCAAAAGCCCUGGAGAGAGAGGAGAGUGUGUCCACAGGCUCUGCAGCUUUAGAUCCUCUCGAGCUGCUGUGGCACUCUCUGGACGAGUGGUUGGUUCUAAUCUCCACUGAACUAGACCGAACCAGGUCCGACCCGCCCGGCUCCUCCCCCAGCAGCGAGAUCGCCUCCCUGCUACUCAAACAGAGAGACGCCUCCCUCGACCAAUCAGCCGCACCCGCCGCCUCCUGUGACUCCGCCCCCUCCUCCACAGACACCGCCCCCAAACUGCCUCCCGCCCUGGACCCGCAGCUGGUGGUCAUGGAAGCGGAGGCGUGUGUGGACGGCGAAGACGUGAUUUCGAUGACGGCGAACAGGCUCAGCGCGGUCAUACAGGCCUUUUACAUGUGCUGCUCCUGCCAGAUGCCACAGGGAAUGACGUCUCCUCGCUUCAUAGAGUUUGUGUGUAAACAUGACGAGGUUCUGAAGUGCUUCGUGACCAGGAAUCCAAAGAUUAUUUUUAACCAUUUCCACUUCCUGCUGGAGUGUCCUGAGCUCAUGUCCCGCUUCAUGCACAUCAUUAAAGGACAGCCUUUCAAAGAUCGCUGUGAGUGGUUUUAUGAGCAUCUUUUGGCCGGACAGCCCGACUCAGACAUGGUUCACCGCCCGGUCAACGAGAACGACAUCCUGCUCAUACACAGAGACUCCAUCUUCAGGAGCAGUUGUGAGAUGGUUUCCAAAUCGACCAAUGAGAAGCUGAAGCAGGGCAUCGCGGUGCGUUUCCAUGGCGAGGAGGGCAUGGGUCAGGGCGUGGUGAGGGAGUGGUUCGACAUUUUGUCCAGUGAAAUCGUCAACCCCGACUAUGCUCUGUUCACUCAGUCUGCAGAUGGCACCACGUUUCAGCCGAACAGUAACUCCUCGGUGAACCCGGAUCAUCUGAACUAUUUCCGAUUCGCGGGUCAGGUCCUGGGUCUGGCUCUGUACCAUCGGCAGCUCGUCAACAUCUACUUCACCCGCUCCUUCUACAAACACAUACUCGGGAUCCCCGUGAACUACCAGGACGUGUCCUCCAUCGACCCCGAGUAUGCCAAGAACCUGCAGUGGAUCCUGGACAAUGACAUCAGCGACCUGGGCCUGGAGCUCAGCUUCUCUGUAGAGACAGACGUGUUCGGAGCCAUGGAGGAAGUGCCUCUCAAACCCGGGGGCACCGCCAUCUUGGUCACACAGGACAACAAGGCGGAGUACGUGCAGUUGGUGACGGAGCUGAGGAUGACCAGAGCCAUUCAGCCCCAGAUCAACGCUUUCCUUCAGGGCUUCCACACCUUCAUCCCCCCAUCCCUCAUCCAGCUCUUCGACGAGUACGAACUGGAGUUGCUGUUGUCGGGGAUGCCAGAGAUCGAUGUGCAGGACUGGUACAAGAACACAGAGUACACCAGUGGGUACGACCAGCACGAGCCUGUCAUCCAGAUGGAUGGAGUGGUGAAUGGUUGGUGGACGGCCACCCUGACCACUAUAGAGAACUUUUGGCUCAUCCUCAAGCCAAAGAUCUAUGAGGGCGAGAGGCAGUUCACAUCCAAACAGCAGCUCUGGGAGGUUAUUCUGACAUCCAGCAAAGAAACUCAAGCAGAAACUCUCCACAAACUCACAAGCUAA